AUGCGUGGUUUCUUCCUCGUUUCACUGCUCAGCUUUGUGGCUUUGAUCAAUGGCAUAGCCGUGGAUAGCGCAGACUCCUUGGCUGAGCGAGCUGCCAGUAUUGCCCUGACACGUAAUGGCCGACGUGCUCAGGCGCCGAACAACACUGUGUAUACAUGUGUCGGCUCCGGCGUAUACAAAGCUGUGGCCAACUGCUGUACCCCAAUCUCGGGUUGUGUGCCGGCACCAACCCCGUUUGUCUGCCCCGACUUCCAGAACACAGUCUGCUUCUCCUCUUGGGGCUCGCAAUUCGCUCUGACUGCAAGCGCAUACUCAUGCCCUGUGGCUGGUUAUUCAACCCCGGCGUGCUGCGAGGCCACAGACACGAAUUCUUGUGUUUCACCUGCGGAGCCGACGUUCAAGUGCGGAAACAUCGCAUCCGGCCACACCCAAUAUCGCUACCCGAAUUGCUGCUCGGACAAGACGUUCAAGACUUGCUAUCCACGCGGCGCCAUGAUCGCACCGGUGCACGAGUAA